AUGCAGAGUCAACAGUGGUUUGAAGGUGAUUCGACGUCGUUAUUGGAUGGAUCCAACAAUCGAACAUUAAGUAAUUCUAAUCGACUGACUCAAAUAAAUGAACAAGAUCAGAUAAAUGAACGUGCCAGACAAUUGUUGGAGAGGACUAGGGAGAGAAGAGAUAGACUUCUACGGCGGGGGGUUGAUGUAUUGGCCACAAGACCAAUAACAUUACAACCACCAUUAGAAGUUGCAAGUCGAUAUAUUAAUGAGCCUGUGACACCUGAAAGGCACCACGAACCAAUGAACGAUGAUAAUUUUGAUCUUUAUAGCCAGAGUAAUGAUGGUAUUAAUGAAAGGUAUGAAUCACCAAAAAAGCAUUUAUCAUCACAUAAGAUAGUUAAACGAAAUAGAAAGAAGAAACAGAGGAUAAAUAAAGAAAUUCAAAAUAAGAUUGAUUCAAUGAAAUCACAUAUGGAAGAGACUAAGACGUAUACAAAACCAAGUAAUCUUGCAUUGUAUGAGAUUCGAAAAUAUCAAAGGUCAACUGAUCUUUUAUUAUCAAAGAUUCCAUUUUCUAGAUUAGUUAAAGAAGUAGCAGAUUCAUUUACAUUUGAAAAUGAAGAUCUUCAUUGGAAUUCAAUGGCUAUUUUAGCAUUACAAGAAGCUAGUGAAGCUUAUCUUGUUGGAUUAUUAGAACAUGCCAAUCUGUUAGCAAUUCAUGCAAAGAGAGUUACGAUUAUGAAAAAAGAUAUUCAAUUAGCUAGAAGAAUACGAGGUCAAUUCAUAUAG